GACGCGGACUUCCUGUGAGUCGGCCGCACGGUCCCAGCCUCGCGCCCCCGUCAGGGCAGCGCCUCCGUCCCCGUCCCCACCACCACCAGCACCGGCCCCGAGCUCAGGCCUCGUGACAGACACCGCGGGGCCCGAGCCAUGGCCAUGAGACAGACCCCCCUGACCUGCAGCGGACACACCAGACCUGUGGUGGACUUGGCCUUCAGCGGGAUCACUCCCUACGGCUACUUCCUAAUCAGCGCGUGUAAAGAUGGCAAGCCUAUGUUACGCCAGGGUGACACCGGGGACUGGAUUGGGACGUUUCUGGGUCACAAAGGUGCUGUCUGGGGAGCCACAUUAAAUAAAGAUGCCAGUAAAGGGGCAACUGGUGCUGCAGAUUUUUCAGCCAAGGUGUGGGAUGCUGUGACGGGCGAUGAACUGAUCAGUUUAGCCCACAAACAUAUUGUCAAAUCUGUGGACUUCACUCAGGAUAGCAACCACUUGCUGACAGGGGGACAAGAUAAACUUUUACGAAUUUACGAUUUAAACAAGACUGAUGCAGAACCUCUGGAAAUUGGUGGUCACACUUCUGCCAUUAAGAAAGCUUGUUGGUGUAAUGGAGAUAAACAGAUACUUUCAGCAGCUGAUGACAAGACAAUACGCCUCUGGGACAGGGAAAGCAUGACUGAGGUGAAAUCUAUAAAUUUUGGAACAUCUGUGAGCAGUAUGGAGUACAUACCUAAGGGGGAGAUGCUUAUUCUAACCCAUGGGAAAACCAUUGCUUUUUACAAUGCACUAAGUCUUGAGCUGAUCAAAUCUUUUGACGCACCAGCUUCAAUCAACUCUGCUUCUCUUCACCCUGAGAAAGAUUGCUUUGUGGCAGGAGGUGAUGACUUCAAACUGUAUAAAUUUGAUUACAAUACUGGCGAAGAUUUAGAGUCAUAUAAAGGACACUUUGGUCCUAUUCAUUGUGUAAGAUUUAGCCCUGAUGGAGAAUUGUACGCCAGUGGUUCUGAGGAUGGAACACUUCGUCUUUGGCAGACAACAGUUGGCAAAACCUAUGGCUUGUGGAAGUGUGUACUCCCUGAGGAACUUAGCUCUGAAAAUUCGGAUUCAAUCUACGGUACACCUCCUGAGGCAAAAGCUUGAACAAAACAGCACGAGACAAAAAGAAGAGCAACAUUCAGUUGAAUUGCUGAAAGUUAAAAUGAGGCCUUCCAUUGUGUACGGUUAAGGCAAAUUCAGGCAUCCCAAUGGAAUACAUCAGUAAUUCAAAAACUGAAGAUGACUUUAGUUCAGUGCAGCUGCCUUCCUGUCAGUGUUUGCAUUAAAGCCUGCCCAGCAACAUCUGUAUAUAUUUUAAUGUAUCUUGGCAGAUAUUUCUGUUCAUGUGGAGGAAAACCGGCAAGGUCAGUUAUACCAUCAUGGUUUUGAGGUUUGUUUUCCUUUAGAAGUACAUUUCAUCCAUUUAUUUUCACACGUUUCCCUCCACGAAUGCAGUGCUAAAUUCAGUUUAAAAAGAUAAAUAAAAGGUCUUU